AUUGUAUUAUUUCCCAUGUAAACAACUGCAAACUUACUUUGGCCCCACCCUGUAUAGUAGCCAUCAUUAUUAACCACCUGGGAAAACUUCAACUGGAUUUGAAGCCUGGGCAUCCAACUGGAAAGGUCUGCUUACAAGUGUCUUGUGAAUGAGAUUUGCAUAACGGCUAAAGCCCUGCUGACGUCAAAGGCCCCUUGCAGCUCCAGGUCAUAUCUAGUCCUGGAAGUAAUUCCUGUCACACGACAGUCCCACAGUCGCCCCACCAACCUUGCUUCCCACCCAGCUCCCGAAGCACCAGGAAGUGAAACAAAGCUGCAGAACCCCAUGCCUCCAGCUCACCCUUGUCCCUGUCAUCUCAUCCCUCAGGGCUCCACUUCCUCCUCCUCCUUUUCACCUUUCAUCUACUACCCUUUAGGGCUCCCAGAAUGGGGAUCAGAGGUGGGAAAAGCAUAGGACACAUUAUGCAAAAGUGAGGUGAGCUCCCUUACUUCCACUGGCUACCACCAAUUUCCUUAUUUCAUGUGUAUCCACAGUAUGUGGGCAGAGGCAAACCAUUUCUCACUCAAACUGAGAUAACAUCUCUGAUGCUGGAAAUGUUUUAUUCAAAGGGUGGAUUUACCAGGGAGUCAUAUUUGAAUCAGAAGUUUCACUGGGCAGUUUUGAGUAGUUCUAAGGGAAGGGAGGCCUCUGUUGAGGGUAAAUUUCUCAGAGGAAAAGGGUCAACCUCUUGGGGAGGCUUUGGGAGCCAUCUGUGUGGUCACUCAUGGCCUCAUUCUGACGUCCAAAUUGUCCUGGGACCCUCCACUAGGUUUGGGGCAGCCCCAGAUUUGGACCACCCUCCGCUCCCACGCCUAACCUCACACUCUCAGCUGUUUCACUGACGUUGCAUCAGAGAGGGUGAUGAAAUCAGUGUCAGCGGAUUUUACCCAUGGAUGCAACAGGCUGAAGGACUGGCCAGAGUCACUGACACUGUGCACCUUCAACUAUUCAGAACUCCUGGAGUUCUUAGCCAUGGUGUAGGGGCUGGAAUGCCUAAAUUGGACGUCUAGUCCUUGCGUACACUGGUGUCCCCAUCAAAAAACAAAAACAAAAACCUAGUAUCCUACACAUCCCAUGAAACUUUGGGCCUCUAAAGUUGAACAAUCAGAUGGGUGUUGGCAACAAGUGCCCCCUCCAACAGCCCCCCUACCCUGAACAGUGAGGCCUGAAGUGGGGAUGCAGUAACACUUUAUACAGCAUUUGUAUGGCUGCCCAGUUCUCAAAGUGCCUUCAAGUCCAUUCUGUCCCAGUGACAAUAACACUGUUUUCAAUGGAGAAAAAAAGCACUCUUAUUUUUGGAGGGCAUCUAGUGGGAACCAAACUUCAUUCUAAACCGAGCUUGCCCUCUUAUUGGGAAAUAAAUGAAUGCCUCUGUUUUGGUUUUUCUGCAGGCGGGCGGGGGGGAGGUAAGGAAAUUAGUUGGAGGGACAUAUCUUUGAGAGGCAAAAAAAUGAGGAAAAGGCUAAACAGGAAAGAACUUGAAACUAGGAUCAUUUAAAUAUUUGUUACUCUCACCCCACCCCCUUCUACAGCCAUUUCAAUUCCUGGAGAGCAUUACACAUAUGUCUCAUCCCAGGCUUCCAGCCACAGCAACCAUGCGAGUCAUUUCCCCUGGAACUGAGGCGGCAUACCUGGGCUCCCCAUGGAGGGGGAUGAUGCAGGGAGGGGAAUCCCACCUGCUGUGAGUCACCUGCUAGUAUAAAGGGCGGGUGUUACAAUGCAGGGACCUUAAAAAGGGACACAGAGACAAGGAGAGGAAAUUAAAGGAAGCAGCUCAGAACUUCAGUGAACAGAGGAAACCAAAACAGAGACGCAGAGAACAGAGAGAAUCAGGCUCUCUGUUCAGAGAGCAAGAAGAAGUGGGCAGAUUCCACAGGGACUGGUGCAAGGCACAGAGCCGGCUGGAUUUGAGAAGCAGGACCAAGAUGCUGGGUAGCAGAGCUGUGAUGCUGCUGCUGCUGCUGCUGCUUCUGCUGCUGCCACCCUGGGCUGCUCGGGGUCGGGCUGUGCCUGAAGGCAGCGGCCCCUCUUGGGCUCGAUGUCAGCAGCUCUCACAGAAGCUCUGCACGCUGGCCUGGAGUGCACAUCCAGCUAUGGGACAUGUGGAUCUUCCAAGAGAAGCAGGAGAAGAGGGAGAUGAUGAGACUACAAAUGAUGUGCCCCAUAUUCAGUGUGAGGAUGGCUGUGAUCCCCAAGGACUCAGGGACAACAGUCAGUCCUGCUUGCAAAGGAUCCACCAGGGCCUGGUUUUUUACGAGAAGCUGCUGGGUUCAGACAUUUUCACAGGGGAGCCUUCUCUACGCCCCGAUGGCCCAGUGAGCCAGCUGCAUGCCUCCUUACUGGGUCUCAGGCAACUUUUGCAGCCUGAGGGACACCACUGGGAGACCGAGCAGACUCCAAGUCCCAGUCCCAGCCAACCAUGGCAGCGUCUCCUGCUCCGCCCCAAGAUCCUUCGCAGCCUCCAGGCCUUUAUGGCUGUAGCUGCCCGGGUCUUUGCCCAUGGAGCUGUGACUCUGAGCCCCUAAAGCCGACAGCCUAAGGAUGACAUCCAGACCUUCAUGGCUCAUCAAAGCCAAGAUGUGAGCCAGCAAGUCAAUCAGCCCAUUAAUUCUAAUGGGACCUGUGUGUUGAAAAGUUACCAAUACUGGCAGACUUAUGAUGCUGACCUAGUUUUUGCUGAGUAUUUAUUAGAUGGGAAGGGAAAAUUUGGGAUUAUUUAUCCUCUUGGCAGCAGUUAAAGGGGGAGGAUUAUUUAUUGUAUUUAUACUGAAUUAUGUACUUUUUUCAAUAAACUUAUUUAUGUAAUAUCUGAGUCUCAUUUCUAGGUUUGGUUGGAAAAAAACAAAUGAAAAAAUAGGGACAAGGGACUACAAUAUGCACCCUUCUUCUACUCUGCAGAAGUAUGGUAGAGAGAGUUUCCCUUUGGCCCCUGGAGUAUAGCGUGACUGGGAUCUUUUUGGUCUUAAUCUCUGUAUGGCUAAGCAAGAUGAAAGAGAUUGCAAGGGGUUGAGAUUAGGAAAUGGGGCACCUCUCUUGCUCCUCUACCCAGUGCCUCCUUCCCUGCUUUCUGGGCCAAGAGUGUAUUUGGCCAAAGACAAAACCCCAAUCACUACAGGACCAAAAUCAGAGUUGUUUGAACAGGAA